CAUUUUAAGGAAGUAAGGAGUUCCUUGUUUACCACUGAAGAAGAAAAAGAAACAGCAUUAAAUUGUUUGAGUCUCAACAUGAAAGUCCAUCAUGCUUUCAUCUGCUUCUUCUUCCUCUCUCUGCAGGAUGGAAACACUGGUCUCAUCAACGCCCAAAUCAUUGUCUAUUCAGGAACUGAAGGAGAGGAUCUAGCAGUUGAUUGCGCUUUUCCUAAUUUGGCCAUCAGGAAGUUCUUCUGUAAGGAAGAAUGUAAACAAGAUGACAUUCUCAUUGAAACAGCUGCUUUCACUGGUCAGAAAGGCAGAUACAGCAUUAAAAGGAGGAUAGAAGGAAGAACUGUACAAUAUUUUGUGACCAUCUCACAGCUGACAAAGUCUGACUCAGGACGGUACAGGUGUGGUUGGACCAGAUUUCCGUCAUUGUACAACUAUAUUGAAAUCAUUGUUAUAGAUGCACUGCUGACUGGAGAUUCUUCUGAAGAACAAACCCUCCAUACAAGAACUGGAGGAAAUAUUGUUGUGGAAUGUUCCUUCCCUCGCUCUGGAAACAGGAAGUACUUCUGCAAGGAAGAAUGUAAAAAAGAAGACGUUCUUGUUGAAACAACUGAUUUUGAAGCUGAGAAAGACAGAUACAGCAUCAGAUAUGUAGAAGGAUUUUCAUCAGGAGGAUUUCUGUAUGUGAACAUCAGUCAGCUGACCAAGUCUGACUCAGGACGAUAUGUGUGCGGUCUGGACAAAUCUCAACGUCGAUGGUUUAGGAUCAGUGUCACAGAUGCCCCGACCACUUCUACACCGGACCUGAAUUUACCUGUGUUUUCAUCGGCAGUCCCAUCAACCUUCACACCAACAACACAGAAUUUAAGUUCCAGUUCAGAAGACUUCACAACUAAGUACACUGGGACAACUAGAGAUGUGCUGCUGUACGUGGGUCUGACUCUGCUCGUCAUGGUGAUAAUAUCACUGUCUGUGCUGAUAAUUUACAGGAAGAGGACCUCUAAGGCCAAAGACACUCCUGUGGAAACAGAGACCAACCAAGUGUAUGAGAACUUCAGAGAGGACAGACGGAGCAGAUCUCCUCCUGUGGACAGCUCAUCAAUUCACACUUACGCCGUGUAUAGCAAACCAAAGAGAGCUGGAACCAACGAUGACUUCAGCACUGUCGCUGCAGCUCGUUCUCAAAAUACAGCUGACGAUGAUUCCAGUAGACUCACAUAUUCAGAGUUGAAUUUUUCCAACCAGGCCGUCGGCUCAUCCAGCAGCGCCCUCCGUGGUGACAGCAGUACCGUAAUCUACUCAGUUCCUCGGGUGUAAACAAGCUCUGAAGCCAGCCGUGCUGAAGAUCAUCUGUCAGUGUAUUCCACUGCUCCAACGCUGCCGCAUUUCUUUUACUAAUUCAAUGUUUUAUGGAGUUCAUUUUAUAAUAAGUUAUUGCAACGUUAUUAAAGUAUCAUAACCACAGUAAGUUAUUUAGGGUUAGACAGAGUUUGUAACGUUUUACAAGCUUAUUUUUAGUUGACCUAAAUUAAUCUACGUUCAUACAUUGUCAAAUAAACUCUAUGGUUGGGCUGCAUGAUUAAUCAAUUCUUACAUCUUUGCAAUCUCAUCUCUAACUGACGACAAUUCACUCGCUCCUAUUUCCCUGUGCAUUCAUGAUAUCAUUCAUAAUAUGCAUUCAAAUACUGAUGUUUGUCAUUCGGAGCGAACCAACAACUCAAAGUGUCGGUAUUUGACAACCUGAGAAUAAGACUCAACAAUCAGCUACCUUUGUCCAGAGCUGCACCUUAAAAACAGCCUCAGAGGAUCAGCGCAUGAUUAAGAUCUGAACACAAGCUGUACUAACAGAGCCCUCACUCUGCAUUAGAAAGGGACGCACUUAAAACAGCCAGAGAGCCAAUAGAACAAUGGCGAAGCAUCAGGGGAAGAAAACUCAGAAUUUGUCCAAAAAACCCCAAAAUCCUAUUAAGUAUGUUUGAUUGAUAAAAAUCAUUAAAAAAUGACAUAAUGCAGACAGAGAAUCAUGUUAAAAGUUCCUAAAAAGGAAAACUCAUGUCAAACCUGUUUUACACUGCCUGUUGUGGUGGGAAUAUCACGCAAUUAUUCCGCCUCUCUGUGCUGUGUGUUUGGUGCAAUCACAGAAUGGGAGGUCAUCAUUGUCUCCCCUCUGAGCCGGGAGCUGAGGUAGUAACAGCGCUGAAAUGAUGUCUGUAUAAACGGGAUGGGAUCAUGGUAGACACAGGUGUGAUGUUUUGUUUUGUGUGAGAACCACUGUGGGAGAUUUUAAAAGUAGCUGUUAGCAGUUAGCAGCUAACUCAAAGAAGAACAAUGAGGUCCAGGAGCUCCUUAUCCUCCGAGCCCCGAGCAGAGGACGGGAUCAGCAGCCAUAUAACAGGGACAGUAUAUCAUUGUUGCCAUGUUAUGUCAUUGUUAUUGUUUUUAAUAACAAUGAACUGACUGAAUGUUAUAUGCCACACUAGAGGUCGACACUUUUGAUUGCAUGAUGCUGGGAUGCCAUCUAUAAUCACACCCUGAAGCUGCAUGAUGCUGCGGUCAGUUAGCUCUGUGCUCAUUUCACACAAACUUCCUGCAGUUAGUGUGUUAACUGUUGGGGUUAAUUGUACAGUUUAUCAGUUGUUCCGUUCUGUGAUUGUUAUGCAUUGAAUGUAACAUAAAAUAUCUAUAGAUCACAUCCCUUAGUGAGGCGUCAUCAGUUUACUAAUGAUAGAAAAGAGGUCCCUUAAAGCAAAAGGUUGGGAACCACUGCUUUAGUAUAGUGCCUACCAUUAACCUGUCUGAGUUGGGGUGUUGUAUAUAUUUGGAUUUGCACCUUAUUGCUAAUGUUGUUUUUUAAAUAGUAUUUUAUAUUUGCACUCUAAACUGUAUAUGUGCACUUUUUUUCUACCUUGCAUUGCAACUGCUGCAAAACAAUUUCCCCUCAAGAUUA